AUGACUUUAUUCAAGACAGCCAGCUUCCGACGAUUUCGUCACCGUAAGGCUGUUCGACCGAAUGAACGAUCUGCGUUGGCCAAAAGCACUCAAAAUGACCUUAGCCGACUAGUUCGCACUGCGGAUCCUGCAGUUAGGAAGGCAUUUGAUGUCGAAAUGCAGUCAUUUUCGAAGCUGCAUGCCCGUUAUCUCGCAGAAAAGGAAAACCGAGAGCAACUUAACUGGGAUCGCAUUAAAUCGCCCAAUGACAAGCAGGUCAUUCCUUACAGUCACCUUCCACAGAUUACUGGUCCAGAAGGCCUGUCCAAGUUGGCCGUUCUAAAAGUCAAUGGGGGUCUCGGGACCUCUAUGGGCAUCAGUGGUGCGAAAAGUGCUCUUGAAGUCAAGGACGGGCUGACUUUCUUGGACCUCAUCGUGCAACAGGUCGAGCACUUGAAUACAACACACAAGGUCGACGUGCCGCUCAUCCUUAUGACAUCCUUCAAUACGCAUGAUGAUACAUUACGUAUCAUUAAAAAAUACGUGUCCCAACGCAUCAGCAUAACUACGUUCAAUCAGUCACGGUAUCCCAGGAUAUGGAAGGAGACGUUGCAGCCUUGUCCCAAGUAUGCAUCGGACGACAAGAAACACUGGUAUCCUCCAGGCCAUGGUGAUUUGUAUGAGUCGCUGGUGCAUACUGGCGUGCUCGAUCGUCUUCUUGCUGAAGGCAAAGAGUAUUUGUUCGUCUCAAACUCCGACAAUCUUGGGGCUGUGGUCGACCAACGUAUCCUCCAGCAUAUGAUUGAUAGCGAUGCCGAAUUCUUAAUGGAGGUCACUGAUAAGACCAAGGCAGAUGUUAAGGGCGGUACUCUCAUCGAGUACGAUUCUUCCAUAAGACUUCUGGAAAUUGCCCAGGUACCUGCAGACCAUGUUGACGACUUCAAAUCAGUCCGCAAAUUCAAAAUAUUCAACACGAAUAACCUAUGGAUCAAUCUCAGAGCAUUGAAGCGGAUCAUGGAUGGAGGUGGCAUAGACCUGGACAUCAUCAUCAAUCCGAAGAUGACUGACAACGGACAAGCAGUGAUCCAGCUGGAGACCGCUGCAGGUGCAGCUAUCAAACAUUUCAAUAACGCCCACGGCAUCAACGUUCCCCGUUCACGCUUCCUGCCCGUUAAAUCCUGCUCUGAUCUGUUGCUCAUCAAGAGCGAUAUAUACUCAUUGCAAAAUGGCCGCCUGCAUAUGAGCGAGAGUAGGAUGUUCGGCAGCGUCCCGGUCAUCAAGCUGGGUGACCACUUCAAAAAGAUAACUGAUUUCCAGCCACGAUUUAAGAAGAUCCCAAAUAUCAUCGACUUGGAUCAUCUUACGGUAACGGGCGACGUUCAUUUUGGCCGAGGGAUUACGCUCCGUGGUACUGUGAUAGUGGUGGCGAACGAGGGUCAGAGGAUUGAUAUUCCGGAUGGUUGCGUGCUAGAGAAUCGUCUAGUUUCUGGGAAUCUCAAUAUGACGGAACUUUGAUCCAGUAUCCAAAUUACAUUGUAUGUUACCUUGACAAGGUUUCUGGGAGGAACUCUUGAUUCGAUGACGUACGGACUCUCAACCCUAACGUAGAAUGAUGUAUCCGCGUAUCUCGGAUGCGAAGACCAAACUAUUCGCAUCGAUAAAACACGAGGACAACUUGCGCUUGGUGGGAAGUCGUCGGCGCGUAGAGGAUAUCAUAUCCUUAGACUUUUUCCCCUCGUAUUCUCACAUCUAUCUUUCAUCUGCCAGCAGCUUGAGACAAGACAAGUGUCACGAAUUCAAACUCCAUUUUGUUCUCUAAGGUUUAUGCCGAUACAGGCGGCACAUCUCAAGUUGUAAACUCGCUCGAAUGCUAUUCAUAACCAUUGUUGACGUCAGA